UGUUGGUCACAAAGCUCGUAGCUCACAAAACGCUCGUGUUAUAUGUUUAAUAAGAAAGAGUAAAAAAAACUACAUACAUAGAUUUUUAGCUUUCCAAGUGAUUUAAAUGGUGGUUGUAACAAUGACUGUAAAAAUGAUCAUUGCGUGUAUUCUUAUGAAUUUUCUUUACGGUUUACAAGUUGAUGCUCACGGCAAACUUAUGGACCCUGUGAGUAGAUCAUCUGCUUGGAGGAAAGGGUUCAACGUUACGGAAAAUUACAACGACAACGAACUUUACUGUGGUGGCUUUGCGAUAUUACAUAAUCAAAAUAAAGGAAAUUGCGGACCAUGUGGCGACGAUUGGUCCAAACCCCGUCCAAGGGACAACGAAAAUGGUGGAAAAUACGGUCGAGGAAUAAUUGUUCGUAGGUAA